UGCCAAUGAACGACAAAUACACGCUGAGAGAUGCGCUGGUAGGCUUGAAUGAGAAGGCGGUGGUCUCCAUGAAGGUCUGUGGUCGAGUCUAAUGGCGGGAGCGUGUGACGUCACUAAUAGAGCAAAGAAUGACGUCAAAAUUGCGCCUGUUGUAUCAAAUCUAUUCUUAUCUCCGCUUAACUGAUUAAACUCAGAGGUAACACGAAUGGUCGCAAAGCGGCGUAAACCUCUGUUGCUAUUCGGGAUUCCUAAGCGGGUCUUUUAACGACAAACUUUCUCAGACAUACGUUUGGAACCGGGGGCCACGAGAGAAAUAGUUCUGCAAUUAAGAUCUUGUUUUGACUGCUGGUACCACCCUGAGUAUCGCCCUCUUCUGGCGAGAAGAGAAAUGGCAAGCGAAACAAAAAAUAUUACAGUGCUAUUGCAAAGUGUACCAUGUUCAGGAGACCAGCCUCAGGAGAUUGAACUCGCCACGCAAAUGGCGUAUGUAGGGAUUGGAACCAUCAUCUCCGUGGGUUUUGUCUUCUUCCUCAUCAUCGUCUCGGCUUCUCUUCUUAAAAAGAGAUACAUGAUGGCAGAACAAGGAAAGACUAUAUUCGGGAAACUGCCUAAAAUGUGCUCACGUUUUCUUCGUAAGAAACAGAAAUGUAAAGGACUAAAGGGAUCUAAUCGACACCUCCCAGAACAACUCUCCGAGGUCGCCAUUACCGGGAAACCGAGCAAUCCGACUACUGAUACACCCUUUGAGGGUAUCUCUCAAGGAAAGCUCGGACAUGGUCUACCUGACGCCGUGACUGACAAUAACGAGCUGUGCCAUGUCGCAGAAGACCUCACCAAGCCCACCGAGGCACCUCCCAUACCUGACUGCACUCCAACAUCACAAACCAACAUGUCAGGGCUGACGCAACUGCGGGAUCACAUCACGAAUGCGCAAGGCGACGUGCAACUGACUAUUACGUCAGAGGUCAUGGAGUCGACGACCCUUAGAUCCUGCAGCCCCGAAAGGUCAAGCCCUUCUGACCUGAUGGCUUAACCUGCAGUGAUGUGCAGCAGUAAAGAUUGGCUUUUUAUAACUUUUCAUUUCGUAAUCUGAGCUAUUCGUGGAAGCAAAGAAUCGCGCAUAGUCGAGUAUAUGCUUCAGACUUCUUUUCGUUUUAUUUUACCUGCGUUUUUGCUCUUACUUACUUCAGAAGUUGUGGCGGCGCAGCUUAGAGCAAACUUAUAUAACGGGGUUAGAUAAUUAUACGUUGUACUUGCACAAAAAGUCAUAAUUUUAUUUGUCUACCUACGUUGUUCAUACGAAUAGCAGGCCCGCUUCAAGAAAUCAAUUUUUAAGAAAAGACAGUGAACAUUAUAUAGCGUGAACUUGAGCUGCUACUAACAGCAAAAAAAAAAAAAAA